GUUGCUCAUGUGACUGUGCAAAGCAGCACCUCUAACUCAUGACCUGUGGUGUUUCUUGUUAAAGCAGACAAAUAAUUCACCAUUCAGUUGUUUUUCAGGAAGUCUUAUCAUAACUGUGAACCACACCCUCCUUCUUGUUGUCUCUAGCAGUUAGUCACAGGGACAACUUUAGGACCAGCCCAGAUUAGCAUGCUGCUCUGAUUGCUCUAACUUUUAGAGAUCGGUUGAGACAUGCCUUCAUACAAAAAAAAAAAUCUCCUGUGUUCAGAAAACUUUAUAAUGUCAGAUCACAGUCCACGAUAGUCCACUCUGCAAAUCACUAGCAAGUUUUUGGGCAAUGCAUAUUUGUUUUGUGACUCAUGAUCAAGAGAAAGGAAAAGACGGGCAGGUUUGCUUUUCAUGUCAGAAACCGAGGCAAAUGCUGGUGUCACGUGACCAUGAGCUGAUACUGAAGACCUACUUAUUCUUCUUGCAGCUAAAUAACAUUUAUACCACGUGUCCGAUAUCACAGUCUCUCUCGCUAGCUCUCUCAUCAUCUUACCUUCCUCCAUUGUGAUUGACCUUGCUCUAGCUUGCAAGACCUUGCAGUGUGUGGGAGAGCUGCUGAGCACAAGCCAGACAGUCAAAAAAUACAGAAGCACGUAUGACCUAGAGGGAGUGGACCAAAGAAGUCAAGGAUCCACUUAUUUUAAAACAGCAAAAAAUAAAAGUUAUUAAAAAAAGGUGCGGUUAAAAAGGGUUGAUCAUAUUAAACAGUCAUGAAUUUAAAAUGGAUGCCCUGGAGACAAAGAGCACUGACAGUUAAAGUGGAAUUAGAUAGAGGGAGUGGCAUACUGACAAGACAGACCAACGAGAUGAAGAAAUCAAUAGGGGAAGGAUGCCCAUGUCCAGACAUGAUGGAUCGUGAUAAGGCCUUAUUAUCACUCUGGUGGUACUGCCUUACACCAUACUAUACUACCUCUUCUCUCUAACAUACACAGAUACCUGUUCAUAGAGGUACCAUAUAAACAUAUUUGGCAGCAAAACGUAUUACAAUGUGUAUUUGUGUAGGGUGUUACUUCACUAAACUGGAGUAACAUCAACAUUGUAUGCUAUUAAAAACACAGCUCAUGGGGCAUACAUGGUUACAGAGAAAUAUUAGAGUAGGCUGACAGGUGACAUUUUACUAAGUGAAGAAUGAGUUAACUGAUGAGAAUAGAGGCAUGCCCCAAGUAAAGUAAACAAAGCACCAUGUUGGAUUGGUUUCUUUUCAAAACAAGGUAUUGAGUCCAUUCACUCUUAUGAUUUAUGGGUUGAAAGUGCUUUUAAACUGACAAACAUUCAGCUUCUUAUUUCAUAAUCAUAAGUUGUUUUUUUUUAUAAAACAGUUGUUUUUGUACUUGUAUAUAUGACCUGUUCUGGCAUAAACACUCACCUUGUCAGGACCAGUAGUCCUCAUGGAGACGAAUACCUGGUCCUAAUGAGGCAGAAACUCUUUUCUGAGGAAGUGGAUAAGUUUAGGGAUAAGAUUUGAAGCAUGGUUAGAUUAAGAUUAGGGUUAGGCAUUAAUAUUUGUAUAGGCUGUACAAACGAAUGGAAGUCAAUGCAGUGUCCUAAGAAGAGUAGCUUUGCAAACCUGUGUGUGUGCGUGUAUUAAAUUUCUGUUUAUUUGUGUUUGCAAUUCAAACUUCAUGUGUAGCAGCAAUGCUAUAUUUGCUGUUGAUGGGGUCAUCCGAGGUGAAGUUUUCUUCUUUACUCUGGUUCUUUUUUGAAACAUACAGUUCAGUGCAAAAUAUGUUUUAACAAUGCUAUAAUGACCGUACAUUAUAAUUAUCUCUCAAUGUCUUUAUUGGGACACAUCUAGAAAUCUGGAAAAUAUGUAUGCAUUUUUAAAAUAACAAAUUUUACCUUAAAAAAUGUGUUAUGUUUAUGUUACUGGUAAAACCUGUGUUUCUCCUACUAUUUGUUUAUGUCGACAAAUAUAUCUGCUGUGAAAAAGGUCUAUUAUACCAGGUUUAUUCAAGACACGCUUCAGCAUUAAAUACACAUGAUUUAAACUCAUUGAGAGUUUGCUAAUAUAUCAGGCCAAUGAUCACAAAAACAAAAACACAAAGUUGGUGAUGCCCUAAGAUUUUGCAGUGUACUAUAUAUCCAUGAUGCUGGGUCAUCAUGAUCAAGGCUAUGCUGCUGCAGGGCUCUGAUACAGCGUGUUGCAGACAGUGCUAUAAAGUGAGCAACAGUUCCUAGCGUUGAUGGAGAUGCACAUGCUGUUCUUGGAAAAGCGAUUUCUCUACACAGGGUGUGGUGACACCCUGCCACUGCGAUAAGGAGUGGAAUGGGCCCCCUGGAGCCCAAUAAUUCAGACUCCCCCAGCAAACCCUGUGCACUGCAUUCAGCAAAAAUAGAAACCACUGGCUGCAUUACAAAAUCAAGGAGAAAAAAACCCCAAACAAAAAUAAUCCAUUAUGUUUUCAGCAAGUAAUACUAUGAAGGUAAAAAUAAUAAGCAUUGGUAUUAUCACAGCAGGCAGGUUCACAGCCAUGUGAGGUCAUCACAGUAUGACUGUGAUAAUGGCAGACAGAACUACUUUAGAAGUGCUUCAGUUCAUGGAGAAUUAAGUUAUCUAAGAUCUUUCAUAAAGGUUUUUUGUUUGAUAGAAAUUAUUCAUAUUUUGGCGAAACAGAAAUACUGAACAGUUAUGAGCUCAGUCUCGCUACCCAGUAGCAGCCAGGUCGUCUUCCUUGUUGCUCCUCCCCCUGCUCUCACCUGGCGCUCAGCCCAGAAUGUUGCUGCAACUCCUCUGGCUCUCAUUGGUCCUCACUCUCACACUGCUUCGCAAGAAGGGAAAUGACUAACCUCUUCUCCCUCAUGCCCUGCUCCGACUUCCCCUUUGCGUUCACUCUUCCUUUCUUUCACCUCUAAACACACUUGCAUGGCCGGCCUUGUUGUACUCAAAUAGGAAGUGCCUUCCCUGAUGUCUGCUGCAGCUUUGACCUGCUUCUACAGCUGAAGCCCCACCUAGCACCCCCGCCCCACCUGCACCGCCUUGCACGCUUGCUGCCACAGCAACACGGGUACAAGGACAGCAACCCCACCCUUUUUGCAGCCUACGCUCCAACCUGCUCGUCCAUUUACCGUCAUCACAUCCACUCCUCGCUGCAGGUUUCCAACCUUGGCGCUCCUCACCAGACAGCUCUGCUGCUCCCCACCAGCUGACCAGCCUUACCACAGCAGCAGCAGCAGCAGCCUGACACACCACAAGGCUCACGCAGCAUCUUACACACCUUGCCUUUAACCUUCGCCUUUGACCCUGUGAGCCUCCACUUGGUCCUCAGUGUCCUUAACCUUCCAGGUGCAGGCUACACUUAGACUAUCACCUUUAUUGCCUGCAUCACCGCACCAAACCUCUGUGUGCCACCUUGGUUUGUGAAUGCCAUAGAAGAGACCAUUCAGCUAGCAAUAAACAAGCGAGAGAGAAAUAUCAAGCUGAGAGUGGCAAAUUAAUUGUUAGACUGAGACGUCUCCUGGAUAUAAUCACUUUGUCAGGUGAAUGAUCCAGUAACAUCCUCAGCAAACAUUACACGUUGGACAAGGCGCAACCUUUUUCUUUUCCCCUUCACUCACAAGUAUCACAGACGUUGACCACGCCAACGAAUAAACAAAAGAGACCUUGAAGUUGUGGAUUAAAACGCCAGAAGUACUUUAUUUCCGAAUACAUUGUGCCACAGAGUUGCCAUGGCAAUGAACAUAGCACAUAUCCGCGAUACAAAGUGGCUGACACUGGAAGUAUGUCGGGAGUUCCAGAGGGGCACAUGCUCACGUUCUGACCAGGAGUGUAAGUUUGCGCAUCCAGCCAAAAGCUGUCAGGUGGACAACGGACGGGUCAUCGCUUGCUUCGACUCACUCAAGGGCCGCUGUUCCAGAGAGAACUGCAAGUAUCUGCACCCUCCUCCUCACCUAAAGACCCAGCUGGAGAUUAAUGGGAGGAACAACCUGAUCCAGCAGAAGAACAUGGCCAUGCUGGCCCAGCAGAUGCAGCUCGCAAAUGCCAUGAUGCCCAGCACACAGCUUCCACCUAUGCCCAUGUUCUCAAUGACGCCAGGCUUGGCCACUAAUGCCAGUGCAGCAGCAGCCGGUAUAGCAGCAGCCUUUAAUCCCUACCUGAGCCCAGUGUCACCAAGUCUGAUGCCCCAGGAGAUCCUACCCAGCACCCCUGUCCUCAUGGCCUCCAGCCCCACAGUCAGCCAAGUUCCCAACGCUGCUGCUGCAGCCCAGAAACUGCUGAGAACAGACAGACUCGAGGUGUGUCGGGAGUAUCAGAGGGGCAACUGCUCCCGCGGCGAGAACGACUGCCGCUUCGCCCACCCCGCUGACAGCACCAUGAUCGACACCAACGACAACACCGUCACCGUGUGCAUGGACUACAUCAAGGGUCGGUGCUCCCGGGAAAAGUGCAAGUACUUCCACCCACCAGCCCAUCUGCAGGCUAAAAUAAAGGCUACCCAGCACCAGGUGAACCAGGCCACAGCCGCCGCAGCCAUGACUCAGUCGGCUGUCAAAUCACUGAAGCGACCCCUCGACGCAACCUUUGACCUGGGCAUCGCCCCUAGUGUCAUGGCUCCAAUGCCAAAACGGGCAGCCAUGGAGAAGGCCAACGGUGCCUCUGCCAUGUUUAACACAGGCAUGCUCCAGUACCAACAGGCCCUGGCCAACAUGCAGUUUCAGCAGCAGGCUGCUUUCCUCCCAUCAGGCUCAAUAUUGUGCAUGACACCUGCAGCCAGCCUUGUUCCCAUGAUGCACGGUGGUUCUCCAGGCACUGUGUCUGCAGCCACCACAUCUGCCACAAGCCCCUUCGCAACUGCCUCCACCAAUCAGGACUCUUCCUUAUCAAAGUUGACUACCAACGAAUACAUGCAAUUGAUUCCAAUAAUAUCGGCAGAUCAUCUGAGUAGUCACAAGUUCUUGACUCAAAUGUAGUUCCUCUUAAGAACAAUCAAAAAGAAUGUGUGCUGGCACCGUCCAAGCCAAAAGAGUUCAGCCUUUACCUACAUAACCUUCAGAAUGUCAAGCAAUGGGACAUGGAGGGUCUUGCCAUCUCUUAGCCGGUCCAUGACGAUGGUCUCACCACACAUGCAAACAUCAAGGGUGCAAAACACGACCUGUGCCAUCUUCCCACAUAUCAAUGUCAAAGAAGAGUUUGUUGUCAAUUUCAACGUCCAGCUGAGCGAAGAGGAUGUCUUGGUGCCAGGGUCAGUGUGUCUCCCCCUCUGGGAAAAUGUUCAUAUUACACCUCUGUGUCUGACUAAAUCAUAGCACUCAAUUUGCUCUAAUUGUAAUCAUUACUGCAUGCACUGAAGGUCAAGAGCGUGGUUGCAUGAGGCAACAUCCAGUGCUGGUACGUUACUAGACCAAGAUGUUUCUUUUUCCUUUUUCUUUUUUUUUUGUAUUUCUUCUGCUUUAUUUUGUUAAAUUGAUAGCCAUGUUUCAUAGUUUACAAGUGAACUGCAAACAUGCACCUUGAAUUUCAAUUGAAUUCUGAAAAGGCACAAUGAUUUGAACAGGAAUUAUUGUUUUGUUUUUUUUGUUUUUUUUUUGCCAAAAGAAUUAGGCAUGUGUACAGUAUUGUGUUUUUACAGCGACUAGUAAAACUAGAUGUUGAAAUGAGGGUCUUGGACAUAUGAAUGUUCUGGGUAAACCAACAUACCUGUGUACCUUGAAAGCACAGCCAGGCUAGCUUUUCCUCACCUUGUCACGUGCCAUCAAGGCCAUACAGCUAAAACCAGAGUGUUAUCUCAGCAGUGUUAUUUGUUUACUGAAGGUAAAAGUUUUGUAUGGCUCCUUUUGUAUUGUUUAUUUUCAAAAUCUCCUUUGUGAGUGUUUUUUUUUGUUUUGUUUGUUUUUUACUUUAAUCUAAUUAAUCAGUUUUAGAAGUGGGGUGUUUUUUUUGCCUUUUUUUAAAUUACUUUUUAUUUUAAAAUUUAAAAAAAAAGUUGGGUUUUUCUAAAGUUUGUCAUACCUCUUAAUAGACUAGUGUUUGUUUUGUUUUUUUGUUUGUUUUUUUAAUUGGAAUUAAGAGUCCAUUGACUCUAAUGCCUGGUGAAGGAGAGGGUGUAGCUUCAGUUGACAUUGUGUUACCCUCUUCUAAAGAGGGCGCAACUCGAAAAAACGGGGCUCCAAAAAGCACUGUUGAGCCAUGUGUAGAUAGGAAUUAAAAAAAAAAAAAAAAACAACCGGCCCAAAGGUCUAUUAGGUCAUUUAAACCACAUGUGCACUUCAAUGAUUGUUUGUCUAAUCGCCCUGUUUUAAUUCCACAUCCCAUUGUAGGUGAACCUUCAUUUUUGAGGAAAUGCAACACAGUCCGCGUGACUUGUGUGUCAAGCAAAGCGUUGAAGGCUGUCGUUCACUUGUAGAUGUGACUACGGAAACCAAAGCACAGUUGUUUCCUCCUAAUUGUGUUCACGAGCAUCACAAAAGAGGCUUGAAACACUUAAAGGAAACAUUUUUAUCAUUUAUCAUCCGUCACUUCCUCUUUUUUUUCCUAUUCACAGAGGUGUGUAGUGUGUCUUUACUGGUUGUAAUGUACCUUACAAAGCCUUAGAUUGCAUUUAAUGGGUCCCAGCCCAAUCCAAUGUACUUUCAAUCACCAUGCAGGUAAAGAACACCAAUGAUGUUUUAUAUCACAAGGCGCUUAUUAUUAUUAUUUUUUCAUUCUCUAUAUGUAAAGAUAACAAUUACUCUCUUAAAUUUCAUUGAACUUGUGUUAUGUACUACUUAAGGAUUUGAAUCUAUUUGAGGUAUGUAGAUGUAGAUUAUUUUUUUUUUGCCUUACUAUAUAUUACUUGACGACAUUGAUAUAGCCGUUGUAGAUUUUGAGGUAGUAUACAUUCAUAACUUUUUUCAAACCAUAUAAAUGAUAGUGUUUUGAGUCAGUUUUAAAUAUUCACUUCAUUCAUAUAGCUGGAUGUCUUUUCUUUAGUUGAUGUUACAUUAUCACUUAAUUUUGUUGAUGAGAGAAAACAUUUUUUUUGAUACAAGGAAUGAGAUCAAUUAAUUUGGCACCGUGGCGCCGCUCGGUCGAGAGGAAAACAAAACGACUAAUAAUGUUUUAACCGACUUAAAUUUUCCUUGUAACAUGUCGAGAUCAUGUUUGAAGAUAUAUUGUAUUGAGAUAUAGAUUGUCCAUGUUUGAGAGUACAAAUUAUUUUCUACUGUAUCCAUUUCAAAAAAAAAAAAAAAAAAAGAGAGAUGUACUUUUGUUGGAAUAUUUCUUAAGUUUGCCCUGAAUGUCAGGCCAAAUCAAGCAGUGAAAUUGAUGGGUGUUUGGAUAUUCGGUCAAUAGUGAGAUUAGGAGCGAGUAAGAAAAGACUUUUCCAGACCGGAGAGGUCUGAAAUGCUGCAGAUGAUGAGUUUUAACCUAAGGGACGAAGGUUGACUUUUUGCACUUCUGUAUAUAGUCAAAUGAACAGAGAAAAAUGUGUAUCAUAUUGAGAUAUUAUUUUGAAUAAAAAUAUCUAUAAUUAUAAGGAAUUUUGUUAGAUUAAUUUAAAUUCUUAAAUUAGAAGACCAGCUACAAAAAAAAAAAUGCUUGCAAAGAAGGGCACUAGUUUCUUGGUUAAUGCAUUCAGGAAAAGCUAUGCGCUUUUUGUCUUAUUUUUAUCAGUGACAAGUAUUGCCAGGAGAUGUUGUAGGGGAGUAGAUAUCCCCUUGUCAUGCAGACUCCACACACCUCUCAUUGGAUGACACAUCCAGUGAUGUCUACAGUAUAUAUCGUUUGUUGGACUUGGUUACGCAGUAUUGCUGCUCCCAUGGUAGAGAUGAUACAUAAAACUAUCAAAGAUUUGUAUUUUUAUUAUAGUUUGAUUUAACUGCAUGCACACGUACAAACAAAAAGAAACAGCCUAGUUACAGUAUUUAAGGGAAGAUAACACAGUCAAGACAACAUAAUAAUACAUAGUAAUACAUUUCUUUUCCUUCGAAUUAUACGUACAGUAGAUAACAUCCACACUGGGGAGAAAUAAUACUUCAAAAACAAGUCAUCAUACUCUUUGUGUGGCAAGAAAAUAUUUUAUUUCCAAGAAACCAUGUUAUUUAAAAAAUGAUGAGAUAUUAGCACUCAUGCACCCCGGAUACUUUUCUCAUAGCCAUACAAUUGCAGUCAACACUGACUCACUGAACGUUGCUCCUGCUAUCAUAUCUGUGCACUCAGCAGGUGAAGGCUCACCACACCAAAUGCGCAUUUGGCAAAUUUGUCUUUCAAAUGAAUGUAACAGUCGCCAGUCAGCGUCGACGUGUUUCUAAGUCGAGGCUGCUGUGUAGGCGCUGCAGAACCAAAGCACCAUUUCCUCCAAAAUCACAUGCUCGGUCUCUCGACUGCAACCCAAGGUUUCUCUUCCCUGCUGGGCGCACAUGUUCGCUUCGACUGCUUUUUACUUGUUAGCGCAACCAUCAGUUAUGUAUUUGCUAACAGCAACACAAUAAUGUACUAUUCUGUCUUCAGAUUUGUUUAUGCACAUUUUAUUGUUGCCAUAAUUGACUCUUGCUGUAUGGAUGAAAAAAAAAUCUGAAUAAAAUAAUAUUUGAUUUGCUCAUGCAA